AUGGGUCUCGACGAACAAGACGACUUGUCCAAUGUUGGUAGGCCAGACGAGAUCAUGACGGACGAGGACAAGGACGAGGAGAUGUCAGAGGGCGAGGGCGGCGGCGCACCGUUGACCAUGACCGUGUCGCAUGCAGAGGCUCUCAAUGCUGAGUUGGACAUGCUCGACGCUGAGAUUAUGGGACCCCAGAACCUCGUGGAGCUUUAUCUGGACCAGCACUUCCAUCAGUUAGGAGACCCGUACCCGGAUCCAUUCCAAGAACCGGACUAUUACUCGAACGGCCCAAUGGAUCAAGAAGAGCCGCCCCACGAUAUCUACAUGCAUGGAACAGGAAGUCUAGUGAACCUCCCAUCAGCAAUGUCGCAAGUCUCUCUACACUUGCAACAUCUCCAGGAGGAACAAGAGCAUGCAGAAUCCGCAGAUGCAGAGGAGGAUCCACAUAUGGCCCCCAUGAACAAUCAUAGUACUCCCUCCAUUCUCUUAAACCUCUUCUCAAAUUUGAACGUCCCAAAUCUCAGUGUUGCGAAUGGCCCACAAUGGGACUACGUCUCACCAUCUGAGCUUAACAAUACAAAUACAUUGCCAGGCUCAGCAGGGUUGUCACAACCACUCCCACCGCACCUGUGGCCAACUGGAGGAUCGACACCCUCGCCUGCUUUGGAUGUUGUGGUGCCCGUACCCUCUCAGAACCCUUCAUUUCCUGUUUCUGCUGAGCCUCCUGUUGUUGUUGCGGAUGACGCUUCUGAUGCUGACCAAAAUGAAGUGGACGAGCCAUUCAAUCUUAGCCUAAGAGACUGCCUCUACACUUGGGGAGCGCAAACUCUGGCCAACGAAGACUCGAAAAAGCAACCUAGAGGUCCUUACCUAUGGGCACUAUUUAGACAAGGAAAUGAAAAGCCUAAGAUCAUGCAACGUAUUGACCUCAAUGGCGAAGAUUGCGAUAUGCAGAGAAUCAACUGGACGGAAUUGGGAGUAUCUAGAUUGGAGGCCACAGUGUACCGAAAGGAGACGUACAAGAAUUACCAAAAUCUUCGACCUCAUCAAAAUUCUCCAUGGCAUCCUCGUCUUAACGGAGCACGCCCUCACGACGAUCAGAAUUUCUUCCGAUUUAGGCGGAUGGAUUUCGACCAUAACGUCAACCUAUCCCAUUUUCAAUUACGGAACCUUAUGGCCUGUGCCUCACGAGAUCACGUAUUCUAUGCUGGCAGAUCGAAGAUUAUGCAAUGGAAUCCCAGAAGUGGCACACUUUCAGGACGACCUCGCGUGGCUAUGGAUCUGACUGACCCCAUCGUGCAGCCAUUCCAUUCCAACCAUCAAGGAAUCCAGAUAUCUACUCUGACCGUAGGGCAUGAUAUCCUUGUUGCUGGAGGCUUCAAUGGCGAGUACGGCUUGGUCAACUUGCGGUCGCCAAAGGGAGCCAAGCACAGUGAAGGUCUCAUCACAGAUCACAUGAACGCCAUCACGAACCACAUUCAGGUACACUUGUCCCGAAGUUCGUCAUUACCUCUAGCUGCAUUUGCAUCAAACGAUAUGGGUAUGAGAAUCCUUGAUGUCAAUACCAACAAGUUCGUCGCAGAACACAAGUACGAGCACGCGAUCAACUGCACAGCCAUGUCACCAGAUCAACGUCUCCGAGUCCUUGUAGGAGAUACCCGACAAGUUAUGAUCUGCAAUGCAGAGACUGGAGAAAUUCUGCAGAAUUUGGACGGACAUCGUGACUUUGGCUUCGCUUGCGACUGGGCAGACGAUGGUUGGACUGUUGCCACGGGAAAUCAAGAUAAGCAAGUCAAGAUCUGGGAUGCCCGCAAAUGGACUUCAAGUUCCGGCCUGGCUCAACCUCUCGUCACCAUUGCUGCUGAAAUGGCGGGCGUGAGAAAGCUCAAGUUCUCGCCACUAGGAUCUGGUAAGCGAGUUCUACUUGCAGCUGAACCUGCAGACAUCAUCAGUGUAAUUGAUGCCGACACCUUUACGAGCAAGCAAGUACUUAAGUUCUUUGGGGAGAUUGGAGGUGUGGACUUUACGAACGGUGGCCGCGACAUAUUUGUGGCUAAUUGCGACAACAUGAGAGGCGGAAUUAUGGAAUUCGAAAGAUGCGAUGCUGCCGGCAUGGAUCUCUGGAAUAUGGACGAGGAACUUUCCGGACAGAAGGAAAGAAGAUGCCUCAGACCCAGAGACGGUUAUGACUGGGUUUCGGAUGAUGAAGUGGUUGAGCAUCCUAAAGCUCAAGGAACAUGGCAACAACGUACAAGACUUGCUGCAUCAUCUGGAUCCUCACUGCAAUACUUCUGA